CGGGUCAGCGAACCGCCGCGCCGCCCCGCCGGCGCCGCCAACGCCUCGGCCUCGGCCUCCUCCGCCGCCCCGACCGCGGGCGCGGAGAACGGGACGCUGAGCUACCGCUCGCUCGUCUACCGCCUCAACUUCGACCAGCCGCUGCGCAACGCGGGGCGCUUCCCGGCCCGGCCCGGCGGCCCCGACGUGGUGCUGGUGGUGCAGGUGCACGACCGCGCCGAGCACCUGCGGCUGCUGCUCGAGUCCCUGCGGCGCGCGGCGGGCGUGGAGAACGUGCUGCUGGUGCUGAGCCACGACCUGUGGGCCGAGGAGCUGAACCGGCUGGCGGCCGCCGUGGACUUCUGCCCGGUGCUGCAGGUCUUCUUCCCCUUCAGCAUCCAGCUGUACCCGCGCGAGUUCCCCGGGCACGACCCCCGCGACUGCCCCCGCGACGUGGGCAAGGCGGCCGCGCUGCGCCUGGGCUGCCUCAACGCCGAGUUCCCCGACUCCUUCGGGCACUACCGCGAGGCCCGCUUCUCGCAGACCAAGCACCACUGGUGGUGGAAGCUGCACUUCGUCUGGGAGCGCGUGCGGGCGCUGCGGGAGCACGCCGGGCCCGUCGUCUUCCUGGAGGAGGACCACUACCUGGCGCCCGACUUCUACCACGUCCUCAAGCAGCUGUGGGCGCUGCGGCAGCGCGACUGCCCCGAGUGCCAGGUGGUCUCGCUGGGCUCCUACACGCUGGGCCGCGGGGGCUUCGCCGGCCGCGCCGACAAGGCCGAGGUGAAGACGUGGAAGUCCACGGAGCACAACAUGGGCAUGGCCUUCGGCAGAGACACCUACCAGAAGCUCAUCGAGUGCACGGACGCCUUCUGCACGUACGAUGACUACAACUGGGACUGGACGUUGCAGCACUUGACUGUCUCGUGUCUUCCAAAGUUCUGGAAGGUGCUGGUCCCCGAAAUCCCCCGCGUGUUUCACACGGGGGACUGCGGCAUGCACCACAAGAAGUCCUGCAGGCCGUCCUCCCAGAGUGCCAAAAUCGACUCUCUCUUGAGCAGCAACCGGCAGUACCUGUUCCCCGAGACGAUGAGCGUCAGCAAAAGGUACUCCAUGGCCCCCCUGUCCCCUCACGUCAAGAACGGAGGGUGGGGGGACAUCCGGGACCACGAACUCUGUAAGAGUUACCGCCGCCUCCAGUGAGGACCGCACUCGCAGCCUUCUCCUUUUUGAACUGCCCCGUCCCGUCUUUUACAGACACACACGUGUGUAAAGAAGAAGGAAGGAA